AUGGUAUUAAACGAGUAUGGUGACGACCAGGUGAAGAUAAUAGCGACAAAUGCACCGUGCCUACCGUUGAGUGCUCCUUGCCCACCGCCUCUGCCUUAUUCAGCAGUUCAAGUUACUACUUUGAAUGCGAAUAUAAAUAAAUCUAAUUUUCGUUUGGAACGAAUAAUCACUAAAGAUAACAUUUCUUCAUAUAAUCUCAACGAUACAUAUCACGUGUAUUUUAUCGGAAUUGACAACGUCACUACAGAAGUGAAUAACACCAUUGAUGUUGCCAUCGGUGAUGGUGCAACGUGGAAGAACUGUAUAUACACACUGUCCAGGACAACAAGAAAUAACACCUCCACUGAUGACAUCCUCUGUGAACCGAAUGCAAUUGGUGAUAAACUGAAAACGAAUCUUGGAGAAGGCUCUGUGAUCAACAUUUUCGGUGUAUAUAUAACCAGUGGUGUUAAAAUCUACUCUAGUUUCCCGAGUCCCGCUGCCACUAAUAUGACUGUGUAUUUCGACAAUACUAUUGUCGCAAACGAAUAUGUUUUUUCCGGUGAAAAAAUUUGUUUACCAAGACGUGCAACUCAAGACCAAGUGGUUCACGUUUUUACAGAAACCGCGAAUUGUCUUUUGACAAGUAAAGCACGAUGA